UAAUUGUAACUCAUUGUAUUCUGGCUGAUGCAACGCAUCCUGAAUGGUGACAUCAAUCAGACGUUUGUUUGCACGAAAGUAGGCGGAAGCCAAAGUGUGGCACUCAGGAGGAAGGCACAUAGACUGAUGUACACAUCGGCUGAUGCUGACACUUUCAGAUGUACAGAGACGGUCACACGCAUGCACGUGGGGCUCACACACACGCACACAUAGGACGCGCAGAUUAUCAACAGUGAAAUGAACAACGUUAGCAAGAAGUUAAUUUAAGCCACGCACACCUGCCUUCAUUCCUGCAGUACGGUAUCCAGGACAGAGGGAUCAGCGUCCUAGAGAUCAAAGGAAAAGCCCGUAGAGUGAGUCAAGGUUACCGAAAGAUGUCUACUAGUCCCGUACCGGUCAUCUACGGGGGAGACGACUUCAACCCGGACACCUGUGGAUCCAAGGCGGACUCACUGCAACCAAGUCAAAGCAGUGAGGAGACAGUGGUUUUGAAGAAGAAGGUGAAUCUGUUGAGAGGCAUAUCCAUUAUAAUCGGGACGAUCAUCGGCGCCGGGAUCUUCAUCUCUCCCAAGGGGAUCCUGCAACACACCGGCACGGUGCCAAUGGCCCUGGCGAUGUGGGCUGCCUGCGGCAUCCUGUCGCUGUUCGGAGCACUGUCAUAUGCUGAACUUGGAACAAGUAUACCUAAAUCGGGUGCUCAUUACACGUAUAUCCUGGAAGCCUUUGGUCCACUGUCUGCUUUUGUUAGAGUCUGGGUGGAACUGAUCAUCAUAAGACCUGCCUCCACUGCUGUUAUAUCUUUGGCAUUCGGUCAGUACGUAUUGCAACCAUUAUUUAUGCCAUGUGGAGUUCCAGAGAUUGCGGCUAAGAUCACCACCACCAUUGGAAUCACUGCGAUAAUGUACAUUAACAGCAUGAGUGUCAGCUGGUCUGCGCGGCUGCAGAUCUGUCUAACAUUCUUCAAACUUGGUGCCAUUUUAAUAAUCGUCAUCCCUGGAAUGGUACUGUUAUUCAAAGGGGAAACACAGAACUUUCAUCAACCUUCCCAUCAAAAAGAAGUUAGUCUUUCGGGACUUCCUUUGGCUUUUUACUCUGGAAUGUAUGCAUAUGCAGGAUGGUUUUAUAUGAAUUUUGUCACAGAAGAAGUAGAAAAUCCUGAAAAAAAUAUACCUCGUGCUAUCUGCAUUUCAAUGGUGGUGGUCACUGUUUGCUAUAUUUUAACAAAUGUAGCCUAUUUUGUCGUAAUGAGUCCUGAAGAGAUUUUGGCCUCUGAUGCAGUAGCUGUGACCUUUGCAGAACGACUGAUGGGAAAAUUCUCUGUAGCAGUGCCAAUUUUCGUAGCUCUUUCCUGCUUUGGCUCUAUGAAUGGAGGUAUCUUUUCUGUUGCCAGAAUGUUUUUUGUUGCUUCACGAGAAGGUCACCUUCCAGAAAUUCUGUCCAUGAUCCAUGUUCGUAAACACACACCUCUUCCUGCUGUUAUUGUGUUGUAUCCUCUAACGGUCCUCAUGCUGUUUGUGAGUGACCUCUACAGUCUAUUAAACUUUCUGAGCUUUGCCCGAUGGCUGUUCAUUGGGCUGGCAGUGACUGGUCUGAUCUACUUGCGGCACAAACGUCCGGACAUGCAUCGCCCAUUUAAGGUGCCUCUGUUCAUCCCAGUUUUCUUUGCUUUAACUUGUUUCUUCAUUGUUGCCCUGUCACUCUACUCUGACCCCAUCAAUACUGGCAUUGGAUGUGCUAUCACACUAACUGGUAUUCCUGCCUACUAUCUGUUUGUCGUGUGGGACAAUAAGCCAAAGUGGUUCAGAAGACUGAUGGGUUCAAUGACUAGGACUCUCCAGAUCAUCCUGGAGGUUGUGCCAUCUGAACAACAUAAAGACUGAGGAGGUCCUUUGGUGGGCAAGCUGCAGAGUGUUUUGAAUACUGAGACUGCAGACAUCAACAAAAUGGCAGUCUUUCCAACAAAGCCAUUCACUUGAAUCCUAAAUCUUCUCCAAAGUUUCAUCAAAUGAUCGGGAUCUUUUGUGGCCCAGAAAUCAUGUGCUGGGGAGUUCUCCUUGUCCCUUGCCAGUUGUGUACAGUUCUUUAUGCCAUUUCUCUCAGGGGUGGGUUUGAUCUAGUUGUGAUCUUACAGCAAAAUUAUGGCAAGAAAUUAGGAAAACCAAACCAUCACACCCAUCCACAAUCCCCAUAACGAACUGAAAACUGGUAUUUAUUAAUAUGGUCUAAUUUUUAUAGAAGCAUAAAAUUAAAGUUUGUACAAAAACCA